AUGGGAGGGACGGACACAGAGGAGUCGGCGUGCGUUCCCCUGCAACUCCGCGCUUUCAGACGCAGCGCUAGAGUUCUGCUGCUUGUGAGGGACGGCGAGACUCAGCACCACAAGAAGCCAAAGCAAGUUGUGCCGCCCAUAGAUUGCGAUGUCCGAGCAGGGAAGAUCAACCUCCCGGAGUUCAUAGCAAAGUGCCCUGCCAACUGCAGGGAGACCAAGCAGCCUGUGUACGGUUCGCGUGUCUUUGCCUCCAUCUCCAGCAUUUGCAACGCUGCUAUCCACAGUGGGAUCAUCACCAAUGCAGGGGGGAGGGUGAUCGUGAGCAAAACAGCGGGGCAGUCUUCUUAUAAGGGCAGUUACUCCCAUGGAGUGCGCUCCCUUUCUCUGCCCAAAUGGAGGGAAUCCUUCAUCGUCUCAGUGGGAAAGCCGAAGAAGGGCGUGCUUUACCCCUCCACGCUAGACUACACUCCUACACGUCCCCCUUUUAAAAUGGAUCACAGAGAAACCGGGGCCCCCUGGGCCACCACCAUCAGGCCAACGACAGCGGCCCCCUUGCCAACCACAACCACCCCGGAGCCAACCACAACCACCCCAGAGCUGACCACCACGGUGUCUAGAUCCACUACCUUCCCGCCCCCCACCGCCAACCCUCAUGCUGCGGUGUACAAAGUCAGGGAUGCUGGCAGCAGUCACCCGUAUUUUGCCUCGAUAGAAGCUGCAGGCAACUUGACAAUCAGGGGCAGCUCCGUCUAUGAGGGUCAAUUCUCAUCCCACGGCAUCUCAGAUAUGCACAGACAGAACCCUGUGUCUGCACUCAGGAGGCACUCCGGACCUCCUUCUGUCCCAGUGUUUGACAGAGUGCAGUCAGCAGCGCCAGAGAGGAGCCAGGAAGCAGCACUCUCCAACCCCAGUUUUAUGAGGAGGGACUGGCCACCUCCUCCGUUCUUCCAUCCGGACUGGUACGCUGGACCCAGACAGUCAACAGAUGUUGGCCGUGCUCUCCCUGACUCUGGGUACACAUGGAGCACAGCUGAGAGGUCAGAGACAGCAGAGCGGAACCCCAGACCUGAUAUUUCCGAGUAUGAGCGCUGGUAUUAUAACUUCGCCCAGUACCCUUACCGGUCAGGAGAGCCAGACUCCAGCCGCAAAGUCCUCCCCGAAUCGGCCCAUACCAGAUUCAAGCCUAUAGAUGCCUGGACACCAGGAGGAAGCCAGCUUGAUUCAGGCUUCACUAUACGAGAGCAAGACUCACUGCCUGAAAUCCCAGAGCCAGUUUCCCAGGGAGAUCCAAGCUGUAAGGUGGAUAUCGCCUUCCUGAUGGACGGCAGCUGGAGCAUCGGCAGAAGACGCUUCCAGAUCCAGAAGGAUUUCCUGGUAGAGAUGUCCCAGGUCAUUGAUGUGGGUGUGGCCGGCCCUAUGAUGGGUAUCGUCCAAUACGGAGAUGACCCUGUGACGGAGUUCAGUUUGAAGGCCUACCCCAACCCAAAAGACCUAAAGACAGCCAUUAACAACAUCAUGCAGAAGGGGGGGCUGUCCAAUGUGGGUAAGGCCCUCUCCUACAUCAACAAGCACUACUUCACCGAUGGCAACGGUAAUCGGGGCGGGGCACCCAAUGUGGCAGUGGUGCUGGUGGACGGCUGGCCCACAGACCGGGUGGAGGAGGCGUCCCGGCUAGUCCGCGAGUCUGGCAUCAAUGUCUUCUUUGUUACCAUCGAAGGUCCUGACGAGAAGGAGAAACAGAAUGUGGUGGAGGCCAACUUUGUAGACAAGGCCGUGUGUCGGACGAACGGGUUCUUCUCUCUGCCGGUGCCCAGCUGGUUCGACCUGCGGGUGGCGGUGCGGCCGCUGGUGAAGCGCGUGUGCGACGCCGACCGCCUGGUGUGCAGCAAGACCUGCCUGAACUCCAACGACAUCGGCUUCGUCAUCGACGGCUCCAGCAGCGUGGGCACCGGCAACUUCCGCACCGUGUUGCAGUUCGUGGCCAACAUCACGCGCGAGUUCGAGAUCUCCGACACGGACACGCGGGUCGGGGCCGUGCAGUACACCUACGAGCAGCGGGUGGAGUUCGCCCUCGGGCAGCACAACAGCAAGGCCGAGCUGCUCGCCGCCAUCCAGGCCGUUGACUACUGGAGCGGAGGCACCAGCACCGGGGCUGCUAUCGCCUACGCCAACGACAAGCUCUUCAGCCAGUCCAAGCCCAACAAACGCAAAAUUAUGAUCGUCAUAACCGACGGGCGCUCUUACGAUGACGUCAGCAUCCCCGCGAUGGCCAUCCACCGCUCCGGUGUGAUCGCGUACACCGUUGGCAUCGCCUGGGCAGUGAAGGAGGAGCUGGAGGACAUCGCCACUGACCCGGACAAGGAGCACUCCUUCUUCGUGGAGGAGUUUGACCACCUCCACAAGUUCGUGCCCAAGAUCAUCCACAACAUCUGCCAGGAGUAUAACUCCCAGCCACGGAACUGA